AUGACGGUCCGCGCGAAGAAGUUCACUCCCGAAGUGCUCCUCUCUGCCCCUCGGCGGUCUGCUGCUGUCCCAAACGCAGAAGGGACACUGGCUUUGUUCAGCGUCUCUACAUACUCUUUCCAAUCGCACUCGAAGACAUCAGAGAUUCGGGUACUGGACAUCAAGAAUGGACAAUCCAAGGUUUUGACAGACGAUUUGGGUGCCAGUGAGCCAACAUGGCUUGGAGAGCAGAACUUGGUCUUAUGGUUGAAGGGAGGAGAGAAAGGCACUACCAGCUUAGUGUUGGGAGAUGCGGAGAAUCUUGAUAAUAAACCAGAAGUCAUCACCUCUUUCAAUGGCGGAGUUUCGAAUAUCAAAGUCACUACGAUCGAUUCGAACACUAUUUCCCUCGUCCUUAGCGGUUUGGCUACACCCGAGGGUGAACUAUACAACCCAGAGACUACCCCGAAGCCCCAAUCCACAGCCAAGAUAUACUCGAAGCUUUUCGUGCGCCAGUGGGAUGCAUAUGUGACCGAGAACAAGAGCACUUUGUGGUAUACGACUUUAAAGAAGUCUCAGGGCAUAUACAGCAUGACUGUGGCACCACUAAGAAAUGCUAUACCACGCUCGCUAAACCUCGAGUCACCAGUGCCUCCUUUUGGUGGAGCAGGGGACUUCGAUAUCAGUAAGAACGGCAUUGUCUUCAUUGCUAAGGACCCAAAGCUAGACCCUGCAAAUUAUACCAAGACGGACAUUUACUACAUUCCAUUAAGGACAUUUGAGGAAUCCAAACCUCCAGCACCUCUACUUGUGAAGACCGGAAAUCUGAAAGGCUACAGUGGAAGUCCCGUGUUCUCUCCAGAUGCCAAGUCUGUUGCUUUUACCAAGAUGAAGUCAAUUCAAUACGAGAGCGACAAGACCAGGCUUAUGAUUAUUCCGGACAUUAUGGACCUUUCAAAUGUCCAAGAAUUUUAUGAGACAAAAGACGGCGAAGGCUCUUGGGACUUAAGACCUGAAGGCAUAACCUGGAGCGUAGAUGGCGAAGAGCUUUAUGUCACUGCUGAGGAAAAUGGCCGAGGAAAGUUAUUCAAGCUACCUGCAUCACCUCGUCGAGCCAGAGACCUACCAAAAGCUAUUAUCAAUGACGGUACAGUGACCGAUGUCUCAGUCUUACCUGACAAUCGACUGUUCGUCAGUAGUAAUUCGCUUGUGGAUAACAGUAUCUUCUCUAUUUUAGAUCCUUUGAAGCCCGCGGACCAAACGACGAUAUCGUCGAACUCAAAAGGCGGAAAAGCUUUUGGACUUUCGCAAGAUCAAGUUGAUGAAUUUUGGUAUGCUGGCGCAGAGGAUUAUAAUGUCCAUGCAUGGAUCCUGAAGCCUUCCAAUUUUGACAAGACCAAGAAGUAUCCACUGGCAUACCUUGUUCAUGGUGGACCUCAAGGCGCCUGGAACGAGGGCUGGAGUACUCGCUGGAAUCCUGCUGUAUUCGCUGAGCAAGGCUACGUUGUGGUAACGCCCAAUCCCACUGGCAGUACAGGGUACGGCAUGGCUCUUCAGAACGGAAUAAAGAACAACUGGGGCGGACGUCCUUACACCGACCUCGUGAAGGGUUUCGAAUAUAUCGAAUCCAAUAUCCCCUACAUCGACACCAGCCGCGCCGUAGCACUAGGCGCUUCCUACGGCGGUUACAUGAUGAACUGGAUCCAAGGCCACGACCUCGGCCGCAAAUUCAAAGCCCUCGUAACACACGACGGCGUCUUCUCCACCUUGAACCAAUACUCAUCAGAAGAACUCUUCUUCCCACACCACGACUUCGGCGGGACAUUGUGGGAGAACAGAGAAGGGUACGAGAAGUGGGACCCAGCAGCUCAUCUGAAGAAUUGGGCAACUCCCCACCUAAUCAUACACAACGAGCUAGAUUACAGACUUCCAAUCGCUGAGGGACUGGCACCGUUCAAUGUUCUUCAAACGAAGGGGAUUGAUAGCAAGUUUGUUAGCUUUCCGGAUGAGAAUCAUUGGGUUCUGAAGCCAGAGAAUUCGCUGGUUUGGCAUCAAGAGGUUCUAGGCUGGAUCAAUAAGUAUAGUGGCAUUGAGGCAGAGCAAGAGGAGCUGGGAGGAAGUGUUUCGGACAUGAGGAUCUAA